AUGAGCCGUUUAAACGGUAGGCCCGGUGGCCUUAUGGGCUCCGUAGAUAGGGAUGACGAUUUUGAGCCAUCGUGCCUCGUGCGGACACCUUCGGGAAACGUUUACAUACCCACAGAUAUACCGAUAAAAAAAUCACCAUUAGAUUACAAAUCGAAUUCAUCGUGUAGUAGCCCGUCGAAAAUGUUAGAAAAUCAUCAGCAAAAAAAUUCUGAUCGGUGUUCAUUACCAUUUGGAACUCCAGUUCCAGUACUUCCCGUCCGUAACAAUUUACGACGACCGAAUUCAACUCAUUUUCCUCCGUCGAGAUUUCAAUUUAGAAAAGGGUUUACGAGUUGUUCGUGGAAGCGAACGGCUAUUAUAUUUAUUAUAUUAUCGGUUGUAUUAUUGGCAGCCGUUACUUACAUGUUAGACUGGUCAUAUCAAAAUGCUAAAGCAUGUUCCGUGCUUGUGGGUGAAAACACGGAGGUUUUAUAUUCGAAAAGUUCGACCGAUAUCUCGCAUAAUAAUAAUAAUAGAACAUCAACGGAAAAGUCUGUUGACGAUGUACCCGUUUCUCGAAGCAGCGGAAAUAGGUUCGUCAAUGACGACGAAUCAUUAGAAUUGUCACCGAUGAGAGAAAAAACAGAAUACGAAAAAACCAUACAGAGAAUAAUAAGACAAUCGAAUGGGGAUGAAGUAAAAAAGGAAACGGAAAUGAACGAAAAGGAAAGACCCGAUUUAAAUAAACUCGAUAACGAUUUAAAAACAAUCAUGGCGGAACGAGCUAGAACGUUUCCGGCAAAAUCAUUUCCACCGGAUGGUACAACUUUCGGUCAGAUAUCAUUAGGACAAAAAUUAUCUAAAGUCAUAGCGGCUUAUAGUUACUGGAACAUGCAAUUUUAUCAAUCGGAAUCCGCAUAUGUUAAAUUUGAUUUUAGCAUACCCAGAGGUGCCAGCAUAGGGGUAUACGCGAGAAAAGAUGCUUUACCAACUCACACUCAAUAUGAUAUCAUUGAAGUACUCAGCGGUUUUAAAACGAGAAACAAAAGAGGAUCACACUUGACCGUUAAAAAAGACACGAAAUAUUUUAUGGAACAAGGUCAUUGGUUUUUAUCAUUGUACAAUGACGAUGGAGAUCCACAAGAAUUAUCAUUUACCGCUGGUAUUGCCGAAGACAUGACGCAAAAUUGUCCGAAUGGAUGUAGCGGAAAGGGGGAGUGCCUUUUGGGACACUGUCAAUGUAAUCCCGGUUUCGGAGGAGAAGAUUGUGCGGACAGUGUUUGCCCGAUUUUAUGUAGUCAACGCGGAGAAUACAUAAAUGGAGAAUGCCAGUGUAAUCCCGGAUGGAAAGGUAAAGAAUGUAGUUUAAGACACGAUGAAUGUGAAGUUCCAGAUUGUAACGGACACGGACAGUGUCUUAAUGGAAAAUGCGUUUGCGUCGGAGGAUACAAAGGAAAAUUUUGCGAAGAAGUUGAUUGUCCGCAUCCGACAUGUUCCGGACACGGUUUUUGUUUGGAUGGAAUUUGCUUGUGUAAAAAAGGUUGGAAAGGAUCUGAUUGUUCAACAAUGGACAAUGAAGCUUUACAGUGUCUUCCGGAUUGUUCCGGACACGGAACUUUUGAUCUCGAAACUCAAACGUGUACCUGCGAACCUAAAUGGUCUGGUGACGAUUGCUCAAAAGAAUUGUGCGAUUUGGAUUGUGGAAUUCACGGACAUUGCGUUGGUGAUUCAUGCGUUUGUCAUAACGGUUGGUCUGGAGAAUAUUGCAGUUUGAAACAAUGCGAUUCCAGGUGCAACGAACACGGUCAAUGUAAAAACGGUACCUGUUUAUGCGUCACGGGAUGGAAUGGAAAACAUUGCACGUUAGAAGGAUGUCCUUCCGGUUGUUCCGGACACGGUCAAUGUCGCGUCAAUACCGUUGGAACAUGGGAAUGUAAAUGUUACGACGGAUGGAAUGGAAAAGACUGCGGAAUUCUUUUGGAACAAAGUUGUAACGACUCAAGAGACAAUGACAAAGACGGUUUGGUAGACUGCGAAGAUCCGGAUUGUUGCAACAGUCAUCACUGUCGAGGGAAUCAACAUUGCGUUACGGCACCCAAACCCAUAGAUAUACUAUUGAGAAAACAACCCCCUGCGGUAACGGCAUCAUUUUUCGAAAGAAUAAAAUUUUUAAUAGAAGAAGGAAGUCUUCAAAAUUAUGCUAAACAAGAAAAUUUCAACGAAAGUCGAUCUGCUGUUGUUCGUGGGAAAGUGACAACACCCUUAGGAAUCGGUUUGAUGGGGGUUCGUGUUAGUACGAGCACACCCCUAGAAGGUUUCACAUUGACGAGAGAAGAUGGUUGGUUUGAUCUUUUAGUUAAUGGAGGAGGUGCUGUCACUUUACAAUUCGGACGAUCUCCUUUCAGACCCCAAAGCAGAAUACUUAUGAUACCUUGGAACGAGAUCGUCAUUAUGGACAACGUAGUCAUGAGCAUGGGUGAGGAUAAAUCAAUAUCUUUAGCUCCUCAAACAUGUUCGGCGCAUGAUUAUGACGUAAUGAAACCUGUUGUACUCGCAACAUGGAAACACGGUUUUCAAGGGGCAUGUCCCGAUAAAAGCGCCAUAUUAGCCGAAUCACAGGUCGUGCAAGAAAGCUUGCAGAUACCAGGUACCGGUCUUAAUUUAGUAUACCACAGCAGUCGUGCGGCGGGAUACCUAUCGACGAUUCAAUUGCAAUUGACACCGGAAGUAAUUCCUUCGACGUUAAAAUUAAUACACCUUAGAAUAACGAUCGAGGGUAUUUUGUUCGAAAAAACAUUUGAAGCGGAUCCAAUAAUUAAAUUUACUUAUGCCUGGAACAGGUUGAACGUUUACAGGCAAAGAGUUUAUGGUGUCACGACGGCAUUGGUGAGAGUCGGUUACGAGUAUUCGGAUUGUAAAGAUAUUAUUUGGGAUGUGCAAACAACGAAAUUAUCGGGGCAUGAUAUGUCCAUUUCGGAAGUCGGCGGCUGGAAUUUGGACAUUCAUCACAGAUACAAUUUUCACGAAGGUAUACUGCAAAAGGGUGAUGGAUCAAAUAUUUACUUGAAACACAAACCCAGAGUUAUUUUAACAACAAUGGGUGACGGUCAUCAAAGAGCAUUAGAAUGUCACGAUUGUGAUGGUCACGCUGGAAAAAAACAAAGGCUUUUAGCACCGGUCGCUUUAGCUGCCGCUCCAGAUGGUUCGAUAUUUGUUGGAGAUUUUAAUCUUAUAAGAAGAAUUUUAACCGAUGGAACUGUUAAAACCGUCGUGAGGCUCAAUGCUACCAGAGUAUCUUACAGAUACCAUCUAGCUUUGAGUCCUUUGGAUCAAUCCGUUUACAUUUCCGAUCCGGAAUCUCAUCAAAUAAUUAAAAUAAAAAGCAUCGAUGAUUAUACCGAUCCUGAUCACAAUUGGGAACCCGUUGUUGGUUCCGGUGAAAGAUGUUUACCAGGAGAUGAAGCUCAUUGUGGCGAUGGAGCUUUGGCAAGGGAUGCAAAACUAGCGUAUCCGAAAGGAAUUGCCAUAUCCGCAGACAACGUACUUUAUUUUGCUGAUGGUACAAAUAUAAGAAUGGUCGAUCGGGAUGGAAUCGUCACUACCGUCAUUGGGAAUCACAUGCAUAAAUCUCACUGGAAACCCAUUCCCUGCGAAGGAACACUCAACCAAGAAGAAGUACAUUUAAGAUGGCCGACAGAACUCGCCAUCAAUCCUCUUGAUGGUUCACUGCAUUUGAUAGAUGAUCAUAUGAUUUUACAAUUAGCACCAGACGGUAGAGUAAAAGUUGUUGCUGGAAGACCACUUAAUUGUCCGACACCUUUAGGCGGAUAUCAUUCCGAGUUGGCUACUCAUGCCACUUUAGUUAUGCCACAAAGUAUCACUUUUGGACCAUCGGGAGAUUUAUACGUUGCAGAAAGCGAUUCUCAAAGAAUAAACAGAGUCAGAGUAAUAAGUACUGACGGUAAAAUAUCCCACUACGCUGGAGCAGAAUCCAAAUGCAAUUGUUUGGACAGAGGCUGUGACUGCUUCCAGGAGGAACAUUACCUCGCUGCGACAUCUAAAUUUAACACUAUUUCUUCAGUGACUGUCACUCCCGAUGGAACUGUACACAUUGCAGAUCAAGCUAACUAUAGAAUACGUUCGGUAGUAGCCAGCAUUCCCGAACCGAGUCCAAAUAGGGAAUAUGAAAUCUAUUCUCCAGACACUCAAGAAGUUUACAUUUUUAAUCGGUUCGGUCAACAUAUUGCCACGAAAAAUAUAUUAACGGGAGAAACAUCGUAUCUUUUCACAUAUAAUGUCAACACGAGUAACGGAAAGCUUAGCACCGUCACUGACGCAUCGGGAAAUAAAGUAUUCUUGCUCAGAGAUUACUCGAGUCAAGUGAAUUCAAUCGAAAAUACAAAAGGACAAAAAUGUCGAUUGCGAAUGUCGAGAAUGAAAAUGUUGCACGAACUAUCGACUCCUGAUAAUUACAACGUCACGUUUGAUUAUCACGGUCCUACGGGAUUGUUAAAAACGAAACUUGAUAGCACGGGAAGAAGUUACGUGUACAACUACGAUGAAUUUGGAAGGCUGACAUCAGCGGUUACUCCAACGGGUCGUGUCAUUAAUUUAUCUUUCGAUUUAAGCGUUAAAGGAGCAACGGUUAAAGCUGCACAAGGGAAUAGACGAUCGGUAUCGAUGCUAAUUAAAGGAUCGUCUGUGGCAACUAAAAUAGGAGAAGCCGUUUACGAAACAAUGUCCGAAGAAAACGGUUCCGUAUGGAGUAAAAUGCCUUGGGGUCAUACGAUAGCCACGGAAGUUGUACCGUACACGGUUUUAGCCGAUUUAGAUCCCGUACUUGGUGAAAGUUUUCCUGUACCGGCAAAACAAAAGACUGAAAUAGGUGGGGAUUUAGCAAACCGUUUCGAAUGGCGAUAUUUCCUACGAAGAGCACCCACCGGUAAAAGCAACAGCAAAAGUGGUAAAACAAUUGUUCAAGUCGGUAGAAAAAUACGAGUUAACGGUGAAAAUUUAUUAUCGUUGGAAUACGACAGAGAAACCGGAACCGUGGCUGUUUUUAUGGGUGACGACAAAUUAGAAUUAUUAAAUGUAACCUACGAUAAAACAGCACGUCCGAUUAAAUGGGGACCGAGAAAUGGAAUUUUUGCCGGAGUCGACCUCGAAUACGACAGAUUUUCCAGAUUGAUAAGUUGGACUUGGGGUGAUUUAACAGAAAAAUAUGCAUUCGAUCAAGCUGGAAGAUUGAACGAAAUCAAAUACAGCGAUGGAACUUCCAUGAUGUACGCAUUCAAAGACAUGUUCACGAGCUUGCCAUCGAAGGUUUCCACUCCUCGAGGUAGCGAUUACCUUUUACAAUACGACGAAGCUGGUGCUUUGCAAUCUUUGACGACUCCCAGAGGUCACAUACACAGGUUUUCGUUACAAACAUCAUUGGGAUUUUUCAAAUAUCAAUAUUUUUCACCCAUGAACAGACAUCCUUACGAAAUUAUUUACAACGAUGAUGGACAGAUAUUAGCCAAAGUGAGUCCUCAUCAAUCCGGUAAAGUUGCUUACGUAUAUGAUUCGACAGGAAAAUUGGAAACCGUUUUAGCCGGUUUCACAUCAAUUCAUUACACAUAUCAAGAAAGUACAAAUUUAGUUAAAAACGUUGAUAUUAUCGAACCCAAUUUCGAUAUGAAAAUCGAAUAUCGAUAUCAUUCUGGAAUAUUAAAAGAUGAAAGAGUCAAAUUCGGUUCAAAAAGCGGUUUGAAUAAUGCCCAUUACAAGUAUCAAUACGAUGGUAAUGCAAGGCUAUCGGGUAUCGAUGUUGAACUCGACGGAAAAGAACUACCGCAAUUGAGAUUAAAAUACAAUCAAAACUUGGGCAUGCUUGAAGGCAUAUCCGACUUAAGAGUGUACAAGAACACUUUCAACAGAUCCGUGUUACAGGACAAUGCCAAACAAUUUUUUACAAUAACCGACUACGAUGAUCACGGUCGAAUAAAAACGUUACUCAUGAACAUAAAAGGCUUCGAUGUGUAUCGAAUGGAACUUGACUACGAUCAAAGAAACAGAAUCAAAACACAAAAACUAUCGAUCGGCAGAUCAAACAUAUUGGACAAAGUGACCUACAAUGCUGACGGUCACGUCAUGGAAGUAACGGGUACGAACAAUUGGAAAUACGUUUACGACGAAAAUGGUAACAUAAUAGGAAUAUUUGAAAACGGUGAAAAAAUGACUUUGGGUUACGACAGCGGCGACAGAGUCGGAAAAUUUAGAGAUGUUGAAUUUAACGGUUACGACGGUAGAGGCUACGUCGUGAGAAGAGGGGAUCAUAAAUAUCGAUACAAUUCAAAAGCUCAAAUGACACACGCAUUCGAAAGAGAUCGUUUUGCAACGUGGUAUUAUUACGAUGAUAGAGGCAGGCUAAUAUCGUGGCACGACGAAAGAGGAAACAUAACACAAUAUUUUUACGCAAAUCCGAUAACUCCAGAUUUGAUCACGCACGUACAUUUUCCAAAAACCGGAAGAACUUUUAGAUUUUUAUACAAUGACCAACAAACGUUGUUAACCGUUGAAACGAGCGAACAACGUUUUUACGUGGCAUCAGAUCAAAAUGGUUCUCCAUUAGCUCUGUUCGAUACGAACGGUAAUAUAAUAAAAGAAGUUAGGAGAACACCUUUCGGUAAAGUUUUGAAAGAUUCAAAUCCCGACUUUUACCUUCCCGUCGAUUUUCACGGGGGACUGUUGGAUCCAAAUACUGGAUUAGUUUAUCUUAAUAAACGUUGGUACGAUCCAAUGAUCGGACAGUGGAUGACGCCAGCUUGGGAAGAACUUGCCAACCAACUCACGACACCCACGGAUGUCUUCAUUUACAGAUUUAACAAUAACGAUCCGAUAAAUCCGAAGAAUCCGAACAACAUAACGUACAUGACAGAAUUAGACAGUUGGCUCAAAUUGUACGGUUACAAUUUGAAUAAUAUUUUGGGAGCUUUGUACACCCAAAGACAAGUUUACAAACCAACUGCCAAAAUAACAUCACCGCAACUUUCACCCGAUUUUGGUAUCAUGUCUGGAUUACAAUGCAUAGUUCACAAGAUAACGGACAAAUUUUCAGAUUUGGGUUUUGUGCCAAAACCACUGCUCAAAAUGGAGCCUAAAACCCGAAAUCUUCUACCAAGGGUAGCAUAUCGUCGUGCCGUUUUCGGAGAAGGUGUAUUGAUAUCGAGAGUCGACGGUAGAGCCAUGGUCAGCGUCGUAGACGGAGUGAACAGCGUGGUUCAAGAUGUCGUGACAUCAGUUUUCAACAAUUCAUUUUUCUUAGACCUUCAUUUUAGUUUACACAAUCAAGACGUAUUUUAUUUUGUAAAAGACAACCCUUUGAAAAUAAGGGACGACAUGGAAGAACUUCGUCGUUUGGGUGGAAUGUUCAACGUUUCAACUCACGAAAUAUCCGAACACGGAACUCAGGGUGCUAAAGAAUUAAGACUGCAUAAUCCGGAUGCUGCCGUCUUUAUAAGAUACGGUGCGGAUCCGGAUCAAGAAAGACAUAGAAUAUUAAAACACGCUCAUAAGAGAGCCGUGGAAAGAGCUUGGGAAAUGGAAAAACAAUUGGUCGCGGGUGGACUCCAGGGACGCGGCGAUUGGACGGAAGAAGAAAAAGAAGAACUUUUACUACACGGCGAAGUCGACGCGUACGAAGGUGUCGACAUACACAAUCCGCACAAAUACCCUCAGCUAGCAGACGACCCUGGAAACAUAGCAUUUAAAAAAGAUUCGAAAAGGAAAAGGAGAAAAAUCGGUAGGAGACCGAUAAGAUCUCACAAACACGAUUCGUGA